AAGUAACUACCUUUAAGAAUGCCACUGUAUUCAUCCGUAGCUGUCAUGAUGAAGUACGUAACAACGCUGCUUGCCGUCUUGGCCAUUAUCGGUCUGGGACAAGCUCAUCAGUUUCCAGAUUUUGGCAAUGGUCCUCUUCAUGAGGAUAUCCAGGACAUUUUGGAUUUGAUCCCUACUAGAGAAAUUAAUAAAAUCUUUUUGAAUUAUUUACGAGAAGAUUCUGAAGUACGAGCUGCUAUGAAUUUUCUUAGAACUACGACCGUACUAAGAGACAUGACGAUAGAUUUAGAAGCCAUUCCUGAAGUAAUCAAUCUUAUGAAUUAUAUACAAAAGGAAGGCGUCGAUAUUUACUAUUUAGUAAACGAAGUUAACAAAGCUCUCGGUAUUGAAAAACUUGUACCACCUUCAUCUGAUUCUAUGAUCAUGCAAAGGACUGGUGGAAUUGCAGGACUUUUUAAAGAUAUCAAAGAAGUAAUCCCUUUCUCCAAAUUCAUUCGCGUCUAUGUGCAGAAGAUGAGAACCUCUUCAGCUUUCGUUGGUUUCGUCAACCAACUCAAAUCUGAUAACUUCCAACAAAUCGUAAACAAAGCCUUCCAAAGCAAGUCCUUCCUAAUCAUCGUAAAUGGACUCAAAAGCAGCGGAGUAAAUACGCAAACUAUGGCAGAUGUCAUGUAUAUAGUACUUGGCAUUACUGUGCCGAACGGUGUUUCCUUUUACCAGGAACGUACAUUAGAUGAAGAAUUGAUGGACUUUGUGAAACUUAUUCCAGUAGACAAGGUUGUUGAAAUAAUAACCAAGUAUAUGAACGAAGAUAAAAAAAUGCAAGAUGCCAUAUUAUACUUGUUUCAUAUUGAAUUCCAUGCUCUUCUACGCGAGAUCGAAGCUCUUAAAGAAUAUCAAGCUGUAGUAGUAUAUCUAGAGAAGGCUGGAUUGAAAGUUAUCGAAGGUAUCAAACAGUUCCACAAGAUUAUUGGCAUGGAGGAUUAUGUGCCGCCUAAAAUAGAGAACAUUUUCGAAUCUCAGACUGGAAUACAGAAGAUCGGUGAUGGGAUGAAAGGAAUGCUCGAGGAUCUUUAUAAUGCAUUACCUAUGGACAAAAUUGACGCUCUUUACAAAGAAAAGUUACAAAAUUCCAAGGUUUUCGCCGAUUUUAUCGGAAAGUUAACGUCUUCGGCAAUGCAGAAGUUAAUCAAUGAUCUGUAUGGAAAUCAAACUUAUAGAAAUUUUGUCAUAAAGAGUAGAGAAAAGGGAUUGGAAUUCCAAGAAGCGACAAGAUUUGCUACAAGAAUAUUUGGCAUUAAGUUCCCAUACUAAAAUUCUAUGUAAUAUUAUAAAAACGUGCUUAAAAUAUGUCUCUUUUAUUUUU